AUGCCUUCCGAACAAUCCACAUGUGCAUUUUGCGAUGAUUUUGAAGGAGAGGAUAGCGAUGUUAUUGUGUUUUGUGAUGGAUGUAACCUCGUUGUCCACCAAGACUGCUACGACGUUCCUUACAUACCUGAAGGCCAGUUGCUCUGUCGAAAAUGUACCGUGUCUCCAGAGAAUCCUGUGACCUGCAUAUUAUGUCACAACGAAGGAGGUGCCUUCAAACAAAUCGUCAACUCUGAAUGGGUUCAUCUUCUUUGCGCAAUAUGGGUUCCAGAGACGCGCGUGGCUAACAAAGUUUUCAUGGAGUCUGCUAUCGGCGUGGACAAAAUAUCCAAACAUAGAUGGAAAUUGAAAUGUAGUAUCUGUGAUAUCCGCCCAGGCGUCUGUAUACACUGUGCCAAAACCUCCUGUUUUGUCGCUUUUCACACCACAUGCGCCCGGAACGAAAAGCUCCUCCUGCCUAUGAAGUGCACUCAAGUCGAAAGCGUCCCUUUAACAUGCUAUUGCGAUAAGCAUUUUCCUAAAGAACAGCAAGAAGCUCGCAAAGCAGCAUUAGCUGCUGAAGCCGACGAAGAUGAUGAAGAUAAAAGGAACCGCUCAUCUAUAGGGUCCAAAUGUGCUCAUGCCUUUGCUAAAACCUACAAAUGCGGUCCUCCGCUACAUCCAGCGAUCGUCGUCGAUAGGUUCACGCAGUACAUAUCGAAAAUCAAUCUCAGGAAACCCGCUAACUUCUUUCUUAUGAGGGAAGCGAGAACGGGUGCACCGUUGUUGAAGAGGUUUCAUUUGGAACCUUGGACGGCCGCCGCUGCUGCUGCAGGGAAGGGAAAGUUAAAGAGUGAGGAGGAGAGAUGGUUAAAAUUUGGGCAACUACGUCAAGUUGAACAAUAUUUAGAAAAACUUCGGGAAUUGUCUGCGCUUAUUUGGAAACGGGAAAGCCGAAAGCUUCAGCAGAUGGAGAUCAUUCAGUAUGUCUUUACGCAAAACGUGUACCUUCAUGAUCCCAGGCUAUGCUCUGCGUUUGAGCGUAUCACAGGAUAUGAUAAACACGAUUGCUUUAAGAAUUCUGUGCACAAAGUGGACGUCCCCGAUUACUUCGCUGUUAUAACCCAACCAAUGUGCUGGUUAAUGAUCGAUGCGAAAUUGGAUCGACAUGAAUAUUGGGAUAUGAAAGAUUGUAGGAACGAUAUUGAACUCGUCCUAGCUCUGUCUAUCCUUGGCGAGCCGCUUGUGAAGACAAUCGAAUUUUCAACUACUGUAAAAAUGGACAUGCAGAAUACUCCUAUAUUUCCUUCAACAUCGCUUAUAGGAAAUCUCGAACCUCCUCUAGAACUCGUGGAACUCCUCUUCGUCGAAGCAAUUAGAGAUGAAAGCUUACUGGUCCUAUUCGUUGACCCAAUUUCCUCCCUGAUCAAUAUCGAGCUUCCUGUUCUCAAACCGUCAUCUCCUUCGCAAACGCACAAAGCGUGCAACAAAGGACCAAAGGCGCGUAAUCUGAAGCGCCAAAGCCCUGAUCGGAGCGAGGAAUAUAAACGGUACAAGGACAACAACGCAGAGGAAUGUGCGCACAGAGCGGAAGUAGAGGCUGCAAUGACCGCCGCCGGUCUAGCUGAGGAGCGCCUCGUUAUUCGCACAAGCAGAUCGAGGGCUGCUGCUGCUAUUGCUUCUACGGUGGGAACGAGCGUGGAGAGAGAAGGAGCAGAGGGAGAAGUAGACACGGCGAUGAUAAGAGAAGAGGAAGGCUUGUCAAACGCAGACCUCCCUUAUUCUUCAUUCGCUCGUCGGUCCAGGUCACGGCUUCCGGUAGAAACACCUUCAGUACCAGAAUUCAAGAAUCAUGUAGACAAUCAAGUUUCGUUCAAGCUGUUCAAUAGUGGCUGGAUCCUGCCAUCCGACCUGAAACGGAGGACUCGCGCUCCAACAGUUUCUCCCACCUUGCAGGAUGCAUCUUCUCUUCCGCCACCAAGGAAGAAGUUGAGGCUAGAUCGGAGAACUUCGAAGUUGUCGGUAUUCAGUACUGCUGAAGAGGACAAUCAAACACUCAAUUCUAGAAUUGGUUCUGCCUUCUUCAAUCUUGGUCAAACUUCGUCUGCGGGUCAUUGGACCAGAAGUGAUACGGCGGGAUUGCGUGCUUUAUCGCAGGCUGUUGCUGUCAGUGAUGAAGAUAACGGGCACAAAACGAAUAUGUAUGAUACUCCCUCUGUCCGGCUAAUAGUUUCUGCACCAGGGGAAAACCCAACGGAUGCCCAAUCUACGGGUGUCACAGCUGUUGAUACCAUACUCACUCCUGUGGUCACCGCCACUACCAAUAUUUACAUCGCCGAACUCACGAUCGAGCCAAGUGGUCUACCUCAAAUAGGAGAGAUUAUUUGUGGUGCCAAUGGCAAACUCAUCAUUGAAGAGCGCGAUUCGUUUGCAAUCAGACGUGAGAAAUACACGCGUAGGAAGGCGAAGAGCGACAAGCUUACGUACGCUAGUGGACUGGAACAGGUAGUCACCACUUUCGCCAGUAGCUCCCUUGCUUCUGCUUCUACUUCUGAACCCAUCUUUAAUCUCGAUGUGGUUCCGUCGUCUGCGUCGGGAUUUAACGCUCUUCCAGGGAAAGGGGGUGGGAGAAUGGAAGUCGGAUCCGAAUUGAGCCCACUGAGUGAAGGUGGAGAGGAAGAUGCCGCUGUGAUAAAGCUGAUACCGCAUUCACCACCGCCUGUACGUUCGAUGCUGACCUCCAAAAUAACUGGUACUAAGUUCCACAGAUCUGCUGCAGCUAGAACAUCUGUUGCUUGUGAGCCGUCUGCUGUUUCUGCAACUAUACCACCUAUAUCAUCUACAUUCAAAAAAGCAUCCGAAGUGGAGAGCUUUGUUAAAGUGUUUGAAUUUGAACCUGACCAACAGCUGCAAGGAGGAACCCUUGUUUGGGCCAAAGCUGAUACUUUCCUCUGGUCGCCUGCAGUCGUUGUUGGGAUUGACGAGCCAACGGUUUCCCCGGCGGCUAAGAAGAUGUAUAUGAGUAUGAAGAAGAACAAUAAAAAUUUAACGCUGCAUGUUGUACGAUUCUAUGAUAAACAAGAUUUUUG